GUGAUCCUCACCGCACCCGCCCCGUCGCACCGGCAGCGACCGUGCACCCAGCGGGAGGCACCGGCUCCGAGGGGCUUCGGGCUGCCCGGUGCUGAGGUUCCCGGCUGGGUCGGAGCCAUCGGGGCCGUCGAGGCCAUGGUGCUGGUGCUGCCGCUGGUGCUGCUGCUGCUGGCGGCGAAGGCGGUGGCGGUGGAGGAGCUGGCGGAGGAGCUGGUGCUGGCCCUCGGGGCCGCCGAUGAGGUGGUGGCGGCCGUCGGGGCUGCCCCGUCGGGGCACGCUGCCUUCCAUCGUGCUGCCAAGGCAUCGUGGAGGCUACCCGGGCGCUACGUGGUGGUGCUGCGGGAGGGCAGCGGCGAGGCCGAGGUGCGGGGCACGGCGCGGAGGCUGCAGGCCCGGGCGGCACGGCACGGCUACCUCACCGAGCUGCUGCACGUCUUCCACCUCCUGCCCGCCUUCCUGGUGAAGAUGAGCAGCGACGUCCUGGACAUGGCCCUGAAGCUGCCACACGUGGAGUAUGUGGAGGAGGACGCGUACGUCUUUGCGCAGAGCAUCCCCUGGAACCUGGGCAGGAUCGUGCCACCGCAGCCCAGCUCGGGUGCCUACAGCCCUCCCAAUAAAGGCGACCAGGUGGAGAUUUACCUGCUGGACACCAGCGUGCAGAGCACCCACCGGGAGAUCGAGGGCAGGGUGCUUGUGACCGACUUUGAGAACGUCCCCGAGGAAGAUGGCACCCGCUUCCACAGGCAGGCCAGCAAGUGUGACAGCCAUGGGACCCACACGGCCGGGGUGCUGAGCGGGCGCGACGCCGGCGUGGCCACGGGUGCCAACAUCCGCAGCCUGCGCGUGCUGAACUGCCAGGGGAAGGGCACCGUCAGCGGGACCCUCAUCGGCCUGGAGUUCAUCAAGACGACGCUGGAGGCUCAGCCCUACGCGCCGCUGGUGGUGCUGCUGCCCUUCGCCGGUGCCUACAGCCGCGCGCUGAACGCUGGCUGCCGCCGGCUGGUGCAGAUGGGGGUGGUGAUGGUUGCGGCCGCCGGUAACUACAAGGAUGAUGCCUGCCUUUACUCGCCAGCAUCUGAGCCAGAGGUCAUCGCGGUCGGGGCAACCAACAGCGAGGACCAGCCCGCCUCCAUCGGCACCCUGGGCACCAACUUCGGCCGCUGCGUGGACCUGUUCGCCCCAGGGGACAACAUCAUCGGCGCCUCCAGCGACUGCAGCACGUGCUUCACGGCGCAGAGCGGCACAUCGCAGGCGGCCGCACAUGUGGCAGGCAUCGCAGCCAUGCUGCUCAGCGCCGAGCCCAGCCUGAGCCUCGCCGAGCUCCGGCAGCGCCUCCUGCACUUCGCCACCAAGAAUGCCAUCAAUGCGGCGUGGUUCCCCGAGGAGCAGCGGCUCCAGACACCUAACACCGUGGCGGGGCUCCCCAACCGGCUGGGUGCAGAUGAGCAGCUGUACUGCCGCUCAGUGUGGUCGGCACGCUCGGGGCUCACCCGGCACGCCACGGCCGUGGCUCGCUGUGCCGGCGACGAGGAGAUGCUCAGCUGCUCCAGCUUCUCCCACAGUGGCCGGCGGCUUGGCGAGCAUAUGGAGGACAAGGAGGGGAGGAAGCAGUGCGUGGCCCACAACGCUUUCUGGGGCCAAGGCGUCUAUGCCAUCGCCAGGUGCUGCACGUGGCCCAAGGCUGAGUGCCGGAUCAAUGCCAGCUCGCAGGCGGCCGAGGGGGCUGGCUGCUCCCCGCAGGACCACGUGUUGACUGGCUGCAGCUUCCACUCCCCCUCUGCCACCCUGGGUGAUGGCAGCAGACCCGUGCCGGGGCCAGGGACUGGGCCUGGCCGCUGUGCCGGGGGAACGGAGGUGACGGCACACGCGUCCUGCUGCCCUGCUGCCGUGCUGGAGUGCCGGGUGAAGGAGCACGUGCCUCAGGGCUCUGCCGAGAAGGUGACGGUGUCCUGUGACGACGGCUGGACGCUGACGGGCUGCAACGCCUACUCCCAGGGCCCCGGCACCUUGGGGUCCUACGCUGUGGACGACACCUGCGUGGCAGUGAGUGCCGCCGGCAGCUGGGCAGCCGCGGCCGUCGCCAUUUGCUGCCGGAGCCGGCAGUAGGGACAGGCCGAGCUGCCACCAGGGCGGCUGUGCCAUGCUGCGAGACGUGGCUGCUCACGGGUGCCAGCCUGUCACUUGUUUGGUGACAGGACGGGCUCCUGCUAGUGCAGGGCAUGGAGGAAGGAAACACCACAGGAGCACAACUGUGUGGCGGUGGAGGCCCAGCCAAGCCUCCCGGUACAAGCCAUGGGGCAGCUCUCCAAGCAGCCACCAUGCAUCCAAAGCCCUGCUGCCCUUUCCCUGCCGCAUUUCUACACAUUCCUAUACCUAUACCGACUGUAUAAGCUGUCUUGAGGCUAUUUGUUUGUGUUGUCACACAGCGUAUGACAAAAUCCCCACCUUUAUAUAUAUAUAAAAAAAAGUGAGGAUUGCUCCUUUCUCUCCUGGCUGGUUGCUCCUUAGGCUUCAGCUAACACAGCUUUGCACUCUGUGAAUCAUCAUCCAGCCAUUUAGGGUGGUUUUAAAAUUGUGUGCUCAGGUAUUUGGGAGACCUCUUUACUUUUUAGCCAAGUGUAAGAGUUCUAGUUUAAAAAGUCUGUUUAAUUAGAUUUUAAUCUGCAUUGCUACAGAAUCAGCUACUGCUUUGUUAGUGUGGCUUUUUGUUGAUGUUGAAGUCAGAGUUGAUGACCUGCUGGUGCUAUGUGUUGCUUUAGUGGUUUCCCUUUCAGGGCUUCCCAAGUCAUACAGAACUGGCUGCAAAUUUUUUUUUUUUAAAGAAAAAUGAAAGAAGAAAAUCUUUCACAGUACUUCAGUUUUUACCUUUGUACCUUAUAUAUUUAUUCAGAGUUUUAUAAAUAAACAUUUAUAAAGUGUCUUCUAAAAAUAAAACUCAGAGACCAGUGCUUAGUAGACACAGUCCAUGGUCUGCCUUCACGUACAUCCCCACGGGGCAGCGGGACACGGGGCUGCUCACCUGGACGGGGGAGCUGGCACCCAUCCCGUGGGACAUGGGUGCCUGGACACCUGCAUUGCUCCCCCAGACAAGCUCUGCUUUGUUAGUGAGACAGCACCUGGGGCUUGAUCAUCCUUGGACACCCACUAAAGGAUGGCCAGCAUCCUCCGAGGCCAGUGCAGACGGCGCGGGCACCCUCGCCUUGCCCCUGGCUGGCCCGAGCUGCAGCAACCAGGGGCCGGUUGGUGUUGCCCUGUGCAGAUGCAGGAACUGCACAAGUUUGUUUUCAAACAGGGGUGGAACAAGAGGCUCCAGUUAUGGAAAUAAAGUGUCGCCCAGCUUUGGGGAAUGUGUCCUUGAGCUUUCUUUCUGCUGCCGGUAUAAACACUGGGCUUCCCUGGGUGAGGCCUGAAGCCCCGGUGGGAAGGUGAAGGGUAGCUGCUUGGAAAGGGACAGCAGUGGGCAGAAGUGCCAGGAGCCACCAAAGCAGCGUCACGCUGUUUGGGGUGAUUAGCAGCCUCCUGUUACCUCAAUACCUAAUUUGUGUGGCGUUACCUGAGGAAAGAUGAAAAAAUAGAGCUCACCAGCACAAGCCUGAGGUUAACCUGUCAAGCUUUGGGUGUGUUUUCCCCCGUUAAGAGGCCCCUUACAGAGAGGAGCCGUUACUCCAGCUUUAAUUGGCCAUAGCAGGCAGAGGCCCGGCAGGAAGCACCACUUUGAAAGGCUUAAACACCUUCUAACUCUUUACCUAAAGAUGGCAAAGAUACCUCAUGUAAGCAUGCAAUUACAUAACACGUGUAUAUAAUUACAACCCGUAAUUUUAUCAGCUCUAACCUCACUUUCACGCAGGGGGACAAAAAGAGAGGGCUGUUAGCCUAAGAGGAGCUCUGACAGAGCCAGCACUGCUCGGAUGAGAGGUACGAGCUACUUAAAAACACACACAGCUUCUUCACCACUGCUGGCUUCCCCAGGAGGGCAGGUCCUGCUCCCCACAGGGGUGAGGAUGCUCACACAGCUGUACGCCAGAUGCAGCUUUCACGGCUCAGGUCAAGUCUGCUCACGUAAACCCAGUGAAGAGAAGCAAUAUUGAACAAGAUUAGCUCUUGCUUAGGACCCCGUGUGUGGAUAAGCAGAAAGAUUGUUCUUAUUUGUUCUGGAGAUCAAGCAUUAAAAAAGCAAAGUAAAGCUGAAGGAUCCUGAGCUCCUGCGGAGGGAUAACCAGGCAGCCUUUCCCCUUCACUGCCCACACAAGGCCAGAGGCCUGAAAAUGCUUUUUAUGGAGGGGAAAGCAAUGGACCACAAAAGAAGGUGCUAGGCCAUAGCCUGUGGCCAUUAAUUAACCCCCAAUAUUUGUGCUGCUUGCUGUCCUGAUGCUCUCCCAGCGACAGCUCUCAGGUCCUGGCCUACCUCUCAUGACGAGCACAAAACAUUCAUGUACUGGGGUUGGAGGACCUUGUGUUGGCUGUGCCUCUCAGUGCCCCUUCCUCAGCCCCCAUAACAGCCCGUGCUGUGGUUAGCAGCUGGUAGCAUGCAAAGGCCACCUUCUGCUCCAGGACGGAGCUCUCUGUUAAAACAUACCAGCACUUUUCUCCGUCUCCUGUCGUGCAGGAGAAAGCAACAUCAAUCCCCAGCAAGCUGUGGGCAGUCCUGCCAGCAGGAGCAGGAGCACAUGUUGCUUGCAAGCCCCAGCCCCUGCUCCCAGGACAGGCACUGCCAGGGAAGAUUACAAGCUAGGUGAUGCUUCAAAUACAAGCCCUUGUGCUUAGACUGGAGGACAAAGCUGCCAGGAGGGCACAGCUGGGGCUGCAGCCUCUAGUUCUGCUCACAAAGGGAGGGAGAAAGGUGACCAAGGGAUACCAGCACAGCAGCUCUGCCAAGAGACAAGGUAGUACUAGUGCGAGCCCAGCUCUCCUGCUAAUCUUGCUAUCUGACACACAAAAGCCAGUCUAAUCCCUGACUGCAAGCGCAGCCAGGGUAAAUCUUUC